CACGUGUGACGGAUCCAAGAACACCGUCACCUAAUACUUAGGAGAUGCCCCUUAUCUUUGGGAGUCAGGCAAAUUAAAACCUAACGUUUCCUUUAUGCACCUAUCUAUAUAUAAAAAUGAUCUAAACAAUAAUCAUAAGUUAAGUCAAAAUAUAGAGUUGACAUAUACACAUUCGAAUAUGUAAUAUGAUAUGUAUUUUUAAACAAACAAUCCAACGGAAAAUUCCAUUGGACUUACGACCAAACAAUGCGGAUCCCCGAUUUGUUUAGAUUAACUGCAUAUAAAAGCUGGGCCACUAGGACCCAGGGCCAGCAUUCAUUAACUAAUCUUCAACCGACUACUGUCAGUCAAACUUCAAUAUAUACCUCUAACUCGGGACCUUUGUCCUCUUAAAUCGGGUAUCCAGCAUUUUCAAUACCUCUUAAAUCGGGACAACGUCCUCUAACUCGGGUAUCGAAUUUGUUAAAUAAUUUUAUAUCAUUUAUAUCCUUAUUUUUAGAAUCGCAUUAUUCAUCAAUCAUUGGCAUUAAUAAAAUCAGUUCAAAAGUGUAAUUUACCUACCAACAUUUCAUUUUCGACAUCAACUUCCCCAUCGUUCUUUAUUUAAUCAAGGUAAGAGUUAUUUUAUCAUUCCAUUACUAUCAGAGCGACAUCAUUAUCUCCAUACAGACUAUUUCGGAAGAUCCUGAUCAAUCCCAGUCCAUAUUUUCCUCCUUAUCCCCUAAUUCGUAAUUCUCUCUCCUCGCUUGCACUAGCGAGGUCGCGAAACAUUCUCUCCUCUCGAAUUCUCUCUCCUCGCUUGCACUAGCGAGGCCGCGAAACUUUCUUUUCUCUUUAAUUCUCUCUCCUCGCUUGCACUAGCGAGGUCGCGAAACCUUCUUUUCUCUUUAAUUCUCUCCUCGCCUAAACUGGUGAGGUUGCAAAUUCUCUUUCUCUCCUCGCCUUCACUGGUGAGGUCGUGAACCGCUCCCUUUCCAUUUUCUUGUUUGCAAACCAUUUAUCUAUCACCUCGAAAUCUGCUACGUUUUUCCCAACUUCCCUGUCUUCGCCGGGUCAAGGCGAAGUCUCACCACCUAUGUACUACUCUUAGAUGUUCCAGACCAAAGCCGAAAGAAAUAGGAAAUACCGCAAACGUGGAGGUGUCAAAGUACGGCAGCGUAAACAGGCCGCAAUAGCACGGGAUCUGAAUCAGAUCAACGAACUAAUAGACUUGGCAUAUAAAACAACCAAUCUCCCCGAAACCACAACCUUAUCACACAACCAGAUUGACUCUACCUGCCCCUUUUCGCCGCCAACACCUCAAAGUUCUCAUUCCCCAGGUGACAGUCCUUCACCUACCAACACCUUGUCUCCGGUACUUUUACCACACCUUCCGAGACACCAGCAUUUCACCAAUCACCCCACAAGUCAUCAGGGUACAUCCACCUCCCCUGCAUCCCCUGAAGUCAUCGACCUUACUACGGAACCCGACACCUAUUCACCGGGUGUACCUCACAUCACCUCCAUCCAAACCAUCACCCAUACCCGAUACACUCUGCUCCGCUCAGUUACAUUUUUACCAUUCACACCCGCUACGCCUCAAGACCGCUCUUAACUCCCAUAAACAAACUUAUGUAAACCCAACCACUUACACAUACUACUAUCUUAAAUCGCCUAACCACUCCGUCGUCAGAACAGCAAAACCUGGUACCUAGAAUUGUAAUAGUAGAAAUAACGUCUAUAAACAAACAUCCUUCAGACCCCUCCUAUUGACUACUUAUAUCGAGUCACUCUCCGGACGU